CCCCUCCCCUUUGCGUUGUUUUUCUUCUGUUUGUCUUCUUUUACAGAGGAGAGAGAGAGGAGAAAGAGCGGGGAAUAGAAAGCCUGUUCAUUUUAUUUCUUUUCUUCUUCAAAUUCUCAAGAGGUUUCAGGUAGCUCGCGCUCUCUCAAGCCUGUUAAUCUCCUUUUGUUCGUCAAUUUCCGAUCUAAUUAGGAACCAGGAAUUAAUUUAACAUAACAGAGAUGUCUCCAGCAGAAUCAUCUCGGGAGGAAAAUGUCUACAUGGCCAAAUUGGCCGAGCAGGCAGAACGAUAUGAGGAAAUGGUGGAGUUCAUGGAGAAUGUUGCCAAGACAGUGGAUGUUGAAGAGUUGACUGUUGAGGAACGGAACCUUCUCUCUGUGGCUUACAAGAAUGUCAUUGGAGCCAGGAGGGCUUCUUGGCGGAUUAUCUCCUCCAUUGAGCAGAAGGAAGAGAGUAGGGGAAAUGAAGAUCAUGUGGCAGCUAUCAAAGAAUACAGGGGGAAGAUUGAAUCUGAGCUCAGCAAGAUCUGCGAUGGCAUCCUACAUCUUCUUGAGUCACACCUCAUCCCUUCAUCAUCAGCAGCAGAAUCGAAGGUGUUCUACCUUAAGAUGAAAGGUGAUUACCACAGGUACUUGGCUGAAUUUAAGACUGGCGCUGAGAGGAAGGAAGCUGCUGAGAGCACAUUGUUGGCUUACAAGUCUGCUCAGGACAUUGCUCUCGCCGAAUUGGCUCCCACUCACCCAAUAAGGCUUGGGCUUGCACUCAACUUUUCGGUGUUCUAUUAUGAAAUCCUGAACUCACCAGAUCGUGCUUGCAGUCUUGCAAAGCAGGCUUUUGAUGAGGCCAUUUCUGAGCUUGACACUUUGGGUGAGGAAUCGUACAAGGAUAGCACAUUGAUCAUGCAACUCCUCCGAGACAACCUGACACUGUGGACCUCUGAUAUUACGGAGGAGGGUGGGGAUGAGAUCAAAGAAGCCCCUAAACGGGAAUCAGGCGAGGGGCAACAGUGAUGAAUUAAUCUUGACCAAAGGCAAAUGGUGGACAAACUGGGUUUGCUAUGUGGAUGGGGCGUUGAAUUUGCAGCUUGUCUUUGUUACAGAUGUGGUUCAGAUUGUUGUAGCAAAAAAAGUUCUUCACGAACGUAAAAGAAUCUUAGAACCCAGUGGUAUUUGGGCUUUUGGGACAUCUAAAUGAUUAUAUUUAUAGGUUCUGCUUUAGUUAUUGAACUAAAGAAUUUGGAUUCGGCUUUCAAUGUUUGUUCUGUCAAGUGACAUAAUGUUGGUGCUAAAUUUGAAGAGGUAGUUUCAUUCAUGUAAUCAUGUUCUAUUGACUAUUAUGGUGGUAUGAAUAACCUUGGUUGCAUUAGGUAA